AGUCACAACAAACUCAUGUCAAAACAAAAUCUUCAGUCACUCUACACAACAAAGCUAUCCUGUUUCAGACAAGCACAAUUUAUAUUUUCAAGGACUUCACUUUGGAUUCAAGGAAGGAUUCAGUCGGGUCGAAAUGGCACGUCUUGUGUUCACGGAGAAAGAUCACAAUGCCUACGAUCCCAAGAAGUACAAGGUAGUACACAAGAACCAUUGGCGGCAGGUGAGCCUUCUGCUGCAGCCCUCGAACAAGAAAUGGUGGGAGGAUCCCGAUGUCAUUGUUGCUUUCAAUUUGCCGCGCAUUAGCGCCCGCCUGGAGCGUCUGAUGGGCACCAAUGUGGUCAAGCUGACGGACCGCGCCUACAUGAAGGAGCUCCGGGAGCGGAUCGACGAGGAUUACCGCAAACAGCUGCUGUCCCGCAUUCGCGCCCGAGAGUUAAAGGAAGUGGAGCGCGAGCGAAUGCUGAUUAUAGAGGGGAAGUCAGAUGUGAUACCAGACGAACUGGCCGACGAUCCCAUUUUCAUGGUGAACAAAGAUGCCAACAUGGAGAUCCAAAAAGAGCGGUCCAAGUUGAAGACCGCUCGGGAAAAGAAUGCGGAGCGUUUGAAGCAGCAGGGAGUGAAAUGGGAGCGGGAAAGGCUCCAACAUGCCGCCAAGGAAGCCGAACUCCUGGCCAAGAAACGCGAGCGGCAGCGCCAGCAGAAAUUGCUGGUGGAGCAGUACAGGACGGAGGACGCGGAAAGGGGAAUGGAUCUGCUGCGCAUCGAAAACGAGGACUGGCGGGAGUGCGAAAAGAGCCUGAAGGAGUUCCUCGAACAGGAGCGUGCCAAGAUGAAGGAGCGCUCGCUGCGCAUAUCCCAGCCAUUCUCCUCGGAUCCGCAGGACAUACAGAAUAUAGUGAGGGCCAGGCAAAAGUUCCGCGAGACCGAGCUGCGUAUUCGCAACCAGCUGGAGGACAAGCUGAAGGAUGUUAAGCUGGCAGUCACCACCCAGCAACUCACCGAACUCAUCGAGGAUGCCCAUCGAUCCAGUGGCGAGAUUGUGCGAGAGCCUUCGAUAGAGGACGAUGAGUACCACGAGGGCGAGCCACAAUCCAAGUACCUCGACGAUGUCACCGACGUCUCCGAGGAGACCGUGAUCAGCGAGGACGCCAUCAGUCUCACCUUGGCCAAGCAGCAGUACGCCGAGGAACUGGAGGCCGAGAUGGAGGACGAGUUCAACCGGGGUCUGCUCAUCUCCAAGCAGCAGUACGACCAGCUGCGCUUCGAGGAUGAGAAGAUCGUGGCGCUAAGGAAUGCCAAGGACAUUCGCGAGUUGUAUCAACUGGCUGAGGAGAUCAUCAUGGGCGAGAUCUUCGAGGAGGCGCCAGAGGAGUGCGAGGAGGAGGACGUGGGCGAGGAGCAGGAACUGGAGGCCUCCUCAGACCACGAGGCACCUGAUCCAGCCAAACCAUAAGAACCAGAGAAUUGACCAAUUUCAAAGUUUUAUUGAGCACUUUUCGCCACUUUUACAAAGUUUGGCUAAAUAUUUGGCUUCCCCCCUGGAAAUCAAAAUAUUUCACCAAAUUGUGCAAAAUUCAGUCAGGAUGGGGGCCACAGUUUGUUUAUCACCGAAUGAGGAAAUGCGGAACCGAGAAACGUCAGCGCCACUGUCACUCAAUCUCAGCGCUUAGGUUGAUAACUGUCAAUAGGGUUUAAUUAAAGCUGUAACGACGUGAUAGUGCCCGCAUGGCAAUAAUACCAAUAAAGGCCGAAAAAUCAAAAAACAAA